AAUUCCUGACUUACGCAUACUAUUUUCUGAGAUUCUGAGAUUCAUAUUCCUUUUUGUUUUUUCGUUCAAUCCGUGACAAUGACCAUCCAUCCACUAUCACUCCAAGCAGUUAAUGUUGGAGGAUCAUGGUUCGUGUCGUACGAUUGUAUACUUUACCCGCUUAUAAUGAUGAGAGGACUACAAAUUCCAUUGAAAUGGUGUUCAUGGAUGAACAUGGAACUAUGGUACAUGCCACUGUCCGGAGAAGUUUGGUUGGAACUUUUGAGAAGCGAAUAAAGGAAGGGUCUGUGUAUGUCUUUGCCUAUUUUGGCAUCGGCAUUAGUAGUGGGAAUUAUCGGACCUCUCGACAUGAGUUCAGGCUGAAUUUCCAACCAAGAACCACUGUAACCGCAUGUAGCUACACUAUGGGGGUCCUAAUUGCUGUGGGCAAGCAAAAAGAAAUUGUUAAAGAGUCCAAAAGGACAAAGAUGAUUGUGAUUCAGUUAGAAGCGGAUGGGGUGACGUUAGAUAUAACACUGUUUGGGGAGUACGUUGACAAGAUCAAAAGCUUCUUUGGGAGACAACCAUUGGAAAAUGUGAUCAUUGUGAUUCAGUAUGGAAAGGUGAAAACGUAUCAAGGAAAUAUAAAUUUGCAGAAUGUCAUGUACGGAACGCAUCUCCUGUUAAAUCCUGAAAUAGAAGAGGUUGUUGCAUUCAGACAAAGGAUUGUUGGUGUGCCAACGAACCGUCGACCUCUUGAGUUGCCCUGUGAUGACGUGACAGUUGUGCAUCAAAAUGAAUUUUUGGAUGCCACACGAAUGACGACAAUCUCUUUGCCGAAGGAUGGUAGUGAGGACGGUGAAUAUGCAGUAUACGAUACGAUCAAGGAUGUUGAUUCUGAUUGGUUUAUAACAGUGUGUAGGUGUGGGUCCGAAGUGGUCCCACGCGGUGGAUCCUACUAUUGUAAUGAGUGUAAGAGACGAGUGAUGAAUCUGAUCCCAAGGUAUCGAAUCAAGACAAGAGUUGUUGACACCACGGACAGUGCUACUUUCGUAGUACUUGAAAGCGUUGCAUGCUUGCUGCUCCAUAAAUCAUGUUCGGAGAUGUUGAAAUAUUCUGAGAAUCUGCCGAGUGGAGACAUAAAACCCGAUGUCUUUAAUAGACUCUUGAAAGAUAAGUCGUAUCUUUUUGAAGUUGAUGUUAGGCUUUCUCAGUUCAAUGACUUUGAUCCUACCUAUAAUGUCAUUGACAUUUGUUUUGAUGAAAGAACAAUCUCGCGAUUCAAGAAAAGGCAUGCAGCAUUUUUCUCCGUCCAGAAUUUGAUUGAAGAUGUUGUGCAAUCAAAGGAUAAUCAAUUUGAACGACUAGGAGAUGAUAUCACCGACUCUAAUAUUGGCAAAAGAAUCGAAGAGGUUGAAUCUGACUAUGCAGACGGUCAUGAACCGAGCAAGAAGAUGAAGACCAUUAAGAUUGAGAAAAUUUAAGACUAGAAAAAUCAAUUAAUUUCUUGGGUCGAUGACUAAUUUGCAAAGGGAAAGUCUUCAAUUGUUCAAGAUUGAGAGAAUCCCUAAUUCGGCUCGGAGUGUUAGACGAUUCAAGAAUAAGACGGCUCGGAGUAUUACUUUGUAAAUGAGGCAUCUGCAACUUUGUUCCUCAUCGCCUCCCCAGAGAUUCAUUUUCUUCCCCGGACAACAUCCGGGUAGAGACCAGACUACGGACUCGCCGGACUAUGGUCGUUCGCCCCAAGGGACCUCCUCCUUCAUGCUCCGUCACUGAGAAGAUCGUGGGAUUUGUCUUCAGUCUUCUCCAAUCUCCCGUUCAGGUUCUUUCACCUUGGGGUACAAGUAUAAUUGUUCUUCCUCAUCAUUCAUUAAUUUUAAUUUUAGCAUCACUCUAUUCUUUUCUAGCCGAAGGUAUUACUUUUCAACCCUUUUGGUGAGGUGUCUAAUUAAAGAUCUAGAGGCCAUGAAAACUGUAAUCCGAGACGGAUAGUAGGCCAUGUGACUAUGGGGGUUGGCUUGGGCAUUUGGUGUUAGCUUUGGGUUUUAAAUACUGUUUGGAGAAAAAGGAUUUUGACAUUGUAUUUGGGGGAGGGAAUGCUCAGAUUUAGUGAGUAGUGGCUAACAAGCUACAUUUUAUGGUAUCUAAGUAGUUAUGGAACCAAUGGAAGUGUUUCACAUUGGUUGCAGUCCUGGGUUCAUUUUCCCAUGCUAAAUUCACAAUUGAUGGGCAUGGGGCUGUUGUUUUAAGGCUAUAGAUGGCACUGGUAUUUAGUUAUUUUGACAUUAGUGUUACUCUUAGGGUCAUACAUAUUUAGAUUUCAUCGAAAGUGUGGUCUAAUUGCAGGUUUUUGUUGAUAUUCAUGUAGCCCUCAAAGAUCUAAUGGAGAUUGGUUGUCAGCUAAGGUUUUUUAAAAUUUUUUUAUUACAUAAUUAUUUGAAGUUUUUACCUCUUGAUGGUUUAUGCGUCAAUGAAUGUUGAAUUGUGCAGGAAUAACCCACCUAAACAAGUAAUUACCAUCAACCCAACAUAUAUUCUUGGCAUUAAUAUAUCGUUCUGUCCAUGAAUAUGUGGAACCAUCUUCAGGUUAUUGAUUCCUUUUUAGCUCUUUUGAGGUGUGUAGAAAGUGACAUUUAUUUUCUCAUUGUAUGUGUGUCAUAUACAAUGCAAAGCACACUAAAUAAGUGCCAUAUAUAUGAUCAAUAAUCACCAGAACUUCUGCAUACAAAAAAAAAGUAAUCUUCAGAAUUUCUUAGGGCAAUUUGGCUGUUAUAUUUGAAUUUGGUAUUAGUAAAACCUUAUCCUUUUU